AUGAGGCAUUACAGUGUUAUUUAUUUUCAGGUUUUGUAUGCUGUAAUGAAAGGCACGAACGGUGCAGACAUCGAAGGUCUGACUUUGCCCGUGGAUGAAGAUUUUGACCCAAAUAUCCAAUUGGAUAAUUUAGGGCCUAAGACAGUUCCUGCUUCAAGUAUUGAUGUCAAGUUAUGGGCACAGACAAUAUGCUCCCAGCUGGUGCUCUACCUGGGUCAUUGGCCAUUAUGGACAGGAUGCCAGCUCUCCUCGACGGUUUGCGAACAACAUGACAGCAUUCCUUCUCUUGGGACAGAACUCGGUCCUCCGGUACUCACAGCGCCUCAUAUACAAGUCAUGAGAUUGAGUGAUUCCACGUUGGCAUCGUUUAUUGAGUUGCCAGCGUUGGAUUUGCCUCAGGGAGGGACUACCCCAGGACUGGUGACGUCAGACCGUCAAGUGCGCGUGUUAUUGCGUGACAUCACGGGCAAAUCUUGUUGGGACGCCUCUGCGCUGUACUACGACCCUUCGGUGACGUCCGCUGAAGUUAUUGAGCCCUUACCUCUACCUAAAGUUGUAGAGACACCGAGAGACAACACCCUCUCAUCAUUACCGCCGCCAUUACCCCCUGAUCUCCUGCCGGACUACAGGAAUUCACCGCCAGACAAACAUCAACUGGAUCAUGUUUUAGCCUACAUAGGCCAUACGUCACCAGAGGUCACGUGCGGAAGAAGACUGGACGAGGCAGGACCAUCUCCCUUACCACCAGGACUUGAAGAUGAAUUGGUUUGCGCACUCGUAGCUCAUAGGAACGCCGAAAGACACUACCUACAGAAUAGAGACAGUGAGGAAGAUGUAGAAUCCGUUGACAUAUCAUCAAUCAGUGGUUCGAGCGAAAACGUUUUCGCUGCGUCGAGUCAGCUUGUGUCGCAAUUGGGUACUCUGGCGCCUGCGAGACGUGCGCACGCGCAUCUUUUGAAACGCACCGAUAGACUGUUGCGGGAAUUGAGGAAUCUCGAUGCGCAGAGGUGUCGUGAAACGCACAAAGUGGCCGUGAUAUACGUGGGCAAGGGGCAAGAGACAAGAAACGAAAUCUUGUCGAAUCGUUGCGGCAGCGCAGCUUAUGAGGCCUUUUUGGCUGCUCUUGCUUGGGAGGUGGAACUAGAGAGCCACGUGGGUUUCGCGGGUGGGCUCCGAGGCGGAGGAGGCGGAGGCACGAGUGCCCCUUACUUGGCCACUCUCACCUUGGAGGCCCUGUUCCAUGUGGCUACGCGGAUGCCGGCAGACACGCCAGAUGCUAUACUUAACAAGACUCGUCACCUAGGCAACGAUGAAGUGCACGUAGUGUGGAGCGAACAUUGGCGGCCUUACAAGCGAGACACGCUUCCCACUCAGUUCUGUGACGUCCUUAUCGUCUUGUAUCCGCUGCCCGGGGGUUUACUUCGAUGCACUGUCUCUAGGAAGCCGGAUGUUGCCGUGUUCGGUCCACUAUGGGAAGAAUGUAUAGUGCGCGUGAGUUGCUGUGCGGCCUUAGUACGAGGCGCGGCGUUCGCCGGCGGUCGAUCCGUUCGUGCGACGAUGCCCUUGUAUCAGCAUGCGUGCAGCGAACGCGCACGCGAUUUGGACGCACUCGUCGCGACGCACACGCACGCCACGCCCUUCGAGCACUUUGUUACGAGGAUACGCGCCCCGCUUCAUACCCACCAGCAGGAGACAGAUCAGAGUAGCGGCCGUCUCGCGAAUGCCUUACUAGACCACGGCGCUAGCGGCUGGUCCAGCUCAGAACCGCAUACUGUUUCACCUCGCCCUGUCAAACGACUGGGUCCUUUCAAGAGACCCUUACAGCCCACUUCAGCCCCACAUACAGCACCACCCACUGUCCCAGCACCGGCGCCCAGACGUAAUCGGUGA